ACCAUUCAUAAGCCCAUCCGACCUCCGCCUCCCACUCAACCGGUCAGGCCUGGAAUGGCGCACCAAGAGAAGCCCACCACUCCGCCGCCGCCGCAGCAACCGGCGCCGGAGGGCGGCGGCGUUCGAGCCCGCGUGCCUGGCGGCGGAGGAGGCAGCGGGUACCGAAACCCGCCGGAGGCCACGAUCCCGGACGCCGCCACGCUGCGGGACCAGUGGCGGUUCGCGGUGCGGCAGUACAGCCGCUGGUACUCCCAAGCCUGGGGCACCGCCAUCCUCGCUGGCGCUGCCUUCUUCGCGCUCGGCUGGCUCGUCAAGGGGUCCAACCCACUCCCGUCCCGGGCGGAGCCCCACGACGACGCCAAAGCUAAAAAGGAGGGGUGACUGGUAUCUUGCAGGUAACACUUUCCUUCCACUUUGCCAAGUUCAAUGGACUAUAACCGGUGAAGAGAAGCAGAUCUGAGAGAAGAGAGAAUUUGUGUGGCGUGGUGUUGUGAACCAUACACUUGUUUGAGGUGUUCUGUUCCUCCGCUGUUGUAUAUAUGCAAAAUAAGGGGGCUUGCUGUAAGUGAGGAUCUCGAAGAUCUUUUAAAUACAAACAAGAUGCUGUGGAUUUCAAAUCAUAAAGAUUAUCUUUAUGAAUUGUCAUUUCAGUGUACAUAUUCUUGGAUGGAGUUCACUGAUGAAGGGUUGUUUAUGACAAAGGGUAGGAUUUAUGGUUCGGUCAGAACAUUGUUUGAAGAAACUUUAUUUUGUUGGAUGGAAUUCAUUGACAAACGGUUAUGAAAAAGGGCAGGGUGUUUUUCUUG